GUCGACCCCUUUGAAGCCUGGGUCUCAGCGUUGCUCCAGCGGAGACGCGCGCACUGCGGAGGCCUCUCUGGCCGCUCCGCAGUUUUGGCUGCCUUCCGAUUUACUUCGGGGCGCCGCCACCAGGUUCUCUGACCUUGGACAAGUUACUCUAACCUCUCAAUGCUUGGUUUGCUCAUCAACAAGUACUCAGCGUUCUACCUCAUAGGGUUGUUGUGAGGAUUAGGUUGGCUCCAGCAUCUACUGUUGCUGCUACUACUAGUGCAAGCACCAUGCUGUUUACCUCAUUUUCAAACACUUCUGCUUCCACUACUGCUACCGGGUUCUCAUUUGGUGCCCCUUCGGUUGGAAUACUUGGUGGUACAACUUUGGGAUUUGGAUUAAAAUUCCAUGGAGCAGGUGGAGCAGCUGCUGUUGCAUCUACUACAGCGUCAACCACCACCACCACCACUGUAACUACCGCCACGACCACCACCACUACCACCAGUAGCUUUACCUUGAAUCUAAAACCACUGACAUCAACUGUUCCAGUCGGCAGUACUUUUAUACCUUUUACUUCGACUGUUAAUGCAAUCAUAACUCCUGUGAUGACAUAUGGUCAGCUGGAUGGUCUGGUAAACAAAUGGAACCUUGAGUUGGAGGAUCAAGAGAAACACUUUCUUCACCAGGCCACCCAGGUCAAUGCUUGGGACCAUACAUUGAUUGAGAAUGGUGAGAAGAUUACUGCUUUACAUGGAGAAGUGGAAAAAGUGAAACUGGAUCAGAAAAGGCUAGAACAAGAAUUGGAUUUUAUCCUGUCACAGCAGAAAGAACUAGAAGAUCUCUUGACCUCUUUAGAGGAGUAUGUAAAGGACCAGAGUAGGUCUGUUUAUGCACAGUAUGCAGAUGAGGAGCGUGAGAAGACUUACAAGUUAGCAGAAAAUGUAGAUGCUCAGCUGAAACGAAUGGCUCAAGAUCUCAAGGACGUUAUUGAUUACCUGAAUACAUUUGAAAGUCCUGCUGACACUACUGACCCGCUCCAGCAGAUCUGUAAAAUUCUGAAUGCUCAUAUGAACUCUCUGCAGUGGAUUAAUCAGACUUCAGGCAUGCUGCAAAGGAAGGUGGAAGAGGUAACACAAGUUUUUGAGCAUCGUCGUCGUAGGGAGCAGGAACGCAAUAGCAGGAUUGCUUUCGAUUGAAUGACCCUAUCAUCAGCAUGUUGUUUUUUGGAUUAUACAUUACCUACACAUUUUGAUGGCAUUUGUUAGAGUAGUAUUAACAAUUAGUAUUCAAUCUUUGGUGGCAAUAAAAGAUGCAUGCAUUUUUUCCCACUUAAAUAUUGUGCUGCUGGGAAUGAUACUGUAAUUUGGUUUUUAGUAUUAGCAAAUCAAAACUAUAUCAGCUCUUCUGUCUAGGCAGCAACGUAUUUCAUGUUGACUCUGUGUGUGUAAUUCAUGGCUUACCCUCCUAGAUUCCAUAUCUUACUGCCAGCAUACAUUGUUCACUUCAGCCAGAUCAUAGAGAAAUGUUUGCCAAAAUAUAGAUGCCAACCAGUCCUUACUGGAUGCCUGUUAACACUCAAUGUAUAGUGUUAGCUACUGUAAAGUCUCGCUCCUCAAAAGAACUUACUGUCUACUUUGAGAUAUAAUUAAUGCCUGUCUGUAUAAAACAGCAGUAUAGACAAUGCAAGGAAUUGUGUUACAGAUUACAGAGAGGAUGCUAUAGAAAUUCAGAGAAGGGAGGAAAAGUUAGGAUGGAUUUGAGACUUGAUUUAGGUUAGUUUUAAAAGGGUUUGAUUCAGGCAAUUCAUUUAUUUUUGAUGCACAGAUAAUCUGGUGUUUUACUUGGUUUUAGCAUAUGAUUUAUAGUUCUGGGUUUUGUGUAUUUGUUUAUUUGUUUUUCAAGAGAAAGCUUUGUUCUUAGCUUGGGAACAGUCUGAUUUCUUGUGUUUCAUGUUUUACCUAAGUCAUAAAUAAAGGCGAUGCUCUGAAAAAUAAAGUUAUAACGCUAAA